AUGCCAAUCAGGUGCACACCCCUACCAGACAAUGUCGACUAUGGCAAGCAGUCAGUGACCGUUCCUGGCACCAAGCAGCCAGGACAAACCCCUUUCUACGGUUUGCUUGAUCCCGACGCUCCGAGCUAUCCGAAGACGCUCCAAGACAUCUUCAACAAUGGCUACUCCUUCAAUCCAGAUGCCAAACUUCUUGGUCAUAGACCUGUCAUUUCUAGGUCUCCGCUCAAGUUCGGUCCCUACGUAUGGCAGACCUAUCGUGAAGUCGACGUCAGAAGACGUCGGAUUGGCAGUGCACUGCAUCGCUUGUUCGCCACAGGCGAACUCAAGGCAAGCAGACAUGGAGACAGUCGGUAUAUGUGGCAAAUGGUCGAGCUUGCAUUGCAUGCUUAUGGAAAAGUGGUCGUCAGUUUGUAUGAUACCUUUGGAAAGGAAUCACUUACCGUAUCGGAUAGCAUUAAUCACGCGCAACUUUCUAUCAUAUUCACCACCCCGGAUCACAUAGCAACUUUGCUCAAGCUAGCCACAAGCAUCCCAAGUAUGAAGGUCAUCAUUUCGUUUGACCCGCUAGGAGAUGACGUUAAACGUUUACUCUCCUCCUGGGGGGAAUCCGUUGGCAUUCGGAUAAUAGAAUUGAGUGAAAUCGAGAAGUAUGGCGAGGAAAAUCUCAUUGAACCCCUUCCGGUAUCGCCUGACAAGGUCGCUUCUCUGUGCUACACUUCAGGAACAACAAACUUGCCGAAAGGAGCAAUCCUCACCCACAUGAAUCUCGCGACUUUCCACGAGGGCUGCUGUCACAUGUCAUACUUGCCAUUGGCGCACAUUUAUGAGCGGAUUUGCGAAUUAAACGUAAUUGUUGUGGGUGGAUGUAUUGGGUACUUCACUGGCGAUCCCUUGCGCCUGAUGGACGACGCCCAAGCCCUGAAACCUCACUUUUUCCCAUCGGUACCACGAGUGCUGAAUAGAGUAUACCAAGCUGCCAUGUCCGCUGGUAAUGUGCCGGGUGUGAAGGGUGCUAUUUUUCGAACAGCAUUGCAAACGAAACUAGAUCAACUUCACAAGACUGGAGUAAAUACCCAUUUGAUAUGGGAUGCAUUGGUGUUUAGCAAGAUUCGCGCUGUACUUGGAGGUAAUGUUCUGCAGGUUGUCACAGGCUCGGCUCCCAUCAGCGGGGAAGUGAUUGAUUUCUUCAAGGUUGCUUUCGGUUGUGACGUUGCAGAAGACCCAACCAGUAGCGGGACGAUCGGACCACCUCAGCCAGUUCUCGAGAUCAAGCUCGUUGACAUUCCAGCCAUGAACUACUUAUCUAGCGAUAAGCCGAACCCGCGUGGAGAGUUAUGUGUCCGCGGCCCGAACUGCUUCGUCGGAUAUUACAAAGAUGAAAAGAAUACCCAGGAGACGCUGAGGGACGGUUGGAUACACACCGGGGAUGUCGCAGAAGUUGAUAGUUCCGGACGCUUCAAGAUCAUCGAUCGAGUGAAGAACAUCAUGAAAUUGGCGCAAGGCGAGUACGUAGCACUCCAGAAAGUAGAGAACACGUAUGCCGCUGGUCCCGUUGUCCAACAAAUCUACGUCCAUGGGGAUUCUUUACAGCCGUACUUGAUCGCUGUCGUCGUCCCUGAUCCCUCGGUUUUGGCGCCAUUGGCAUCUGCCGAACCUAACGAUAUCCCUGCGCUCUCUGAGGCGGUGAAGAAUCCCCGGGUUGUACAGGAAGUGCUGAACACGCUAAACGAAGAAGCAAGGAGGAGUGGACUCGCUGGAUUCGGAUUUAUUAAACGCAUCCAUAUUACCAUGGACCCCUUCACCAUCGAAGAAAAUACGUUGACGCCCACUCUGAAGUUACGGCGCAGAGACGCUUACGCCAAGUUUAAGAGGGAACUGGAUGCCCUUUAUGCCCUUGGGGAGCCAGCCAACAAUGCAUCGUUCAAGCUGUGACGAACACAGCUCGAGUGCAGGACACCUAGGUCACUCACGCGAAAACAUGAAUUGGACUCUUACCCUUUUGUUCACAUAUUCGUUUAUCAAGUCUAUUCUGUAUACCAUGGGAAAUGCAACAUAAAUACCUAAUGACAUGGGAGGUCUUGCAGGUGAUCAUGAAAUACCAUCAGUUUCUACCUGAAUCUUCUAAAGGUGUCUGCUUGUCAUCUGCCAUUCUUCAUGCGGCUGUCUUUUGCGAUGUGAUAAGAUCCUGCGAGCAU